UCAGCAAGACAGUUAUUAUAGUUGUUCAAGCGACGCCUCCAAUGCCAUUUAAACGUAUCAGACGAAAUGUGGGAAAAUCCGACAUUUAAUCGCUGAGGGAUAUUAUCGAGGGUUUUCCGGGGUCACGCCGUUGCUCUCUGCCAGAAGAUAGAUAUAACACCAGUAGUGGCCUCGCCUUUAGCCGGAGUGGACUGUACUGUAGUGAGGCUGCAGUGAGACGAAGACGUCGGCGUCAACUGUGGUCAACAAUUAUCUCAAUAUGUCUGUGUUGCUAAAGUUGGUGGUGUUCACCAUUGUGUUGUUCUCAACAGGACUCUCUGCCCCAGUGAACGAGGACGGUUCGAUAGACGAAGACGACAUUGACAUUACAAUGCAUCUCUCGAAUUUCGGGUACCUUCCCAAGAUUGAUCCUCAGAGACCCCAACUUAUCUCAAAUAAUCAGCUAUCUAAUGCUAUAAGAGACUAUCAAGAGUAUAUGGGACUAGAAGUUACUGGGAAGCUAGAUUCCCAAACAAAGAAGCAGAUGGCCAGACCGAGGUGUGGAAUUCAAGACAGAGUCCCUCCGGGUCCAAAUGGCCUCAGCAACUUCAAACUUGGAGGAAGUAGGUGGAAAAAAAGAACUCUGUCAUACAAGAUCACCAAGUACCCCAGUAAUUUCCCAAGGGGUGAUACAGACAAGACGAUGCAGGCUGCUUUUGACAUCUGGUCCAGAGUCACUCCGCUAAGAUUCGUGAAAAAAGGCCAAAACGCUCGAGUCCACAUUGAGAUUAGGUUUGAGAAAGGAAGUCAUGGAGAUGAUGCGGCGUUCGAUGGGCCUGGGCAGACGCUAGCGCACGCCUACUACCCCAUAGCCAGCAGAUGGGGUGGAGACGCUCACUUUGAUGACACUGAGCGGUGGACUAUAAACUCUGCACAGGGGACGAACCUUUUGCAAACUGCUGCGCAUGAAAUUGGCCACUCUUUGGGACUCGACCACUCAAACAUCGUGGGUGCUCUCAUGUUCCCUACACUUAAUAGCUAUCAACCCAACUUCGAACUUCAUGAGGAUGACAUUAAAGCUAUCCAGAGACUCUACCCAAGAUAAUAUCCCUGAUUUUGGCUGACGUCUGCACCAAAGGCGAUAGACCAGAACAAUCGAUACUAUGCUUUUAAAUCAAUGUAUUUAGAUUGUACUCCUGGUUUUGGAUCUUACAUUUCUGUAAUUGUUAUUAUUACUUGUUUUACUUGACGACUAUCUGUGAUUUAUUAUAUAUAGAUACUAGUUUUUACUCUCCUUUAUUAAAUUAAAGUGGGUCUUUUUUAUAUGUGU